AUGACAACUCUAUUUGGACCAGAACGACCUGAUCUACUAAAAGAUGAACUUCUGCAUGAGAUCUUCAUUCAGACAGCACAAAACUUUCCCGAUAAAGUCGCUAUUCGUUGGCAAAAUGAAGAGAUUACCUAUCACCAGCUCUAUCAACGUGCAUCCUGUUUAGCUGCAGUUUUACAGCAAACAAAACACAUCGGUACAGGUGAUCGAGUAGCUAUAUGGCUGGCACGCUCAGCUCAGUUACACGUUACCAUUCUCGCUGUUUUGAUGACCGGUGCAACGUAUGUUCCAUUUGAUGCUGAUGCGCCCGAGGAACGUGUCAAUGAAGUACUUGAAGAUUUGCAAGUCGCACUUCUCCUUGUCGAUUCACGUCGUCCGAUAACACACCCAUCAGCAUUCAAUGUUGAACACGUAGUCGAGAAAAGUGAUAGUAUCUAUAAAAUUGCUCAAUUAACCGUAAAUACUCAUAGAAAUUUACCAGCUUAUAUCAUCUGUACGUCGGGUUCGACAGGCAAACCAAAAGCGAUUGCAAUCAGUCAUCAGAGUAUUUGCCAUUUCAUUCGCGCUGAUAAUGAAGCGAUGCAAAUCAAGUAUGAUGAUGUUGUUUAUCAGGGUUCUUCAGCUGCGUUUGAUAUGUUUCUUGAAGAAACAUUUCUUUCGUACUUUGUGGGCGCAACUUUGGUCAUCGCGUCUAAAACAGAUAUUUUAAAUAGUGACCAAUUACAUUUAUUCUUCAGUCGUCAUUCAAUCACGGUUUUGUUUUGUGUGCCAACGCUACUGCUUUUGAUGUCCGACGAUCCUGCAUUGAAAAUUCGUCUCAUCAAUACCGGCGGAGAAGCUUGUCCACAGACACUUGUUAAUCGGUGGUGGAAAGAAAGUCGGGUGAUAUUCAAUUCGUAUGGUCCUACUGAAAUAACAGUUGCUGCUACUGUGCAAUCUCUGCGUCCUGGCCAACCAAUUAGCAUCGGUGCUCCGUUACCUAAUUAUGUAUGUUGUUUACUCGAUGAGGAGACGGGUCAGCCAACUUCUAAAACAAUCGGUGAAUUAUGUAUACGCGGACCAGGUGUUGCUUUGGGUUAUGUUAAUCGUGAAGCACUGACUAAAGAAAAAUUCACGGAAUACGGUUAUCGCACAGGUGAUCGUGUGUCGAUUCAAAACGAACAGAUCUUUUUCCACGAACGAAUUGAUUCUCAAGUUAAACUUCGUGGUUUUCGUAUGGAACUUGAUGAAAUCGAACAGGAAUUACUCCGAUUAGAAGGUCAAGUUAUAUCUGCUGCUGUGGCUGUUGUUCAUGAGCAGUUGAUCGCUUUCGUGGUGGGCAACUUGACCGAAUCACAAAUGCGAGAAGAACUCCGACAACGGCUACCUUCUUACAUGGUACCUGAUCGAUUAAUUAAAGUCGAUGGAGCAAUGCCUCGAUUACCCAGCGGCAAAAUAGAUCGCAAAGCUCUCUUGUUAAUAGAUGACAUGAAAAAAUCAAAACUUACCAAAGUAGAAAUUAAUUCCAACAUUGCAGCAGAGCAUACUAUCAACGAGCCAAAUGGGAAUAGUCAAACAAUCGACGUUGUUAUUAAUACUUUUCAGAAGAGUUUUCCACAUCAACAAGUAAAGCCAAAUAAUGAUUUCUUCGUCGAUCUUGGUGGUCAUUCAUUGAUCGCCGCACUUACAAUCGCUGAGUUACGUAAAUACUUUCCCAGUGUUGCUCUGCACGAUUUGUACGAAUGCAAAACCGCAACUAAACUUGCUGAACGGUUAACUAAUCAAUCCAUUGAAAAGAAAAACGACGAAAACAUCGCGAAACCUUUUGCUGCUUACGUUAAACCUUCUCUGACAAGAAUCAUUCUGUGUAGCAUUUACCAGUUACUAGUAAUGUUGGUGCUCGGUACAAUUGCCUCCAUGGAACUUCUUUUACCAUACAUAACGUUUGUUUUACUGUUGCAUGAACAUGAUCUUGGCUAUGCAUGUCUUGUCGCCUAUGGAACACUAGUUGUUACAAUGAUAGUUCGAUACAGUUUUCCUGUUUUGAUCAAAUGGAUACUGAUUGGUCGAUAUAAAGAAGGUGACUUUCCGUUAUGGGGUUGGAUGUACCUGCGUUGGUGGACUGUCGAGCAAUUACGAAAUCUAGCUAUGGAAGAUGUAUUAGCGGAUAGCCCAUUAAUGAGUAUCUAUUAUCGACUUCUCGGUGCAAGAAUUGGCCGUAAUGUUCAUUUAGGCUCUAUCAGUUGUGCCGCACCUGAUCUAUUGGAAAUCGAUAAUGAAACAACCAUAUCAUCAGAAGUGCAUUUUCAGACCGCCUUUGUCGAAGAUUAUACGUUGAAAUUUCGUCGUAUUUGUAUCGAGAAAUAUGUUUAUAUCGGAAGUCGAAGUGUGCUAAAUGGGCAAACAAAAAUGAACGAUUAUUCUGAAUUAGAUGAUUUAUCCUUUCUGCCAUCUAAUACAUCCGUACCUACCGGUGAAAUAUGGCAUGGCUCGCCAGCUACCUAUUCGCAUAAUGUCGAUAUAGGAGCAUUGACUUACAGCACAACCAAGAAUAAAUUCAAAUCUCUAAUCACUCCAGUCAUUUUCACUGUGAUCGUUGUUUUCUUUAUACCAUUCUUCUAUUUUAUUCCAACGAUUCCAGGUCUUAUUCUCUUCGAAUAUGUAGAUUUAAAAUCAGUUAACGACUGGAUAGAAGUGUUUAUCUUCGGUGUUCCUGUUGGCAUCUUAUAUACAUGUUUAGUUAUUGUACAAAUUGUUGUUAUUCGCUUUUUGUUUAUUGGUACUCUAACGGUAGGUGUCUACAGUACGCAAUCAUUUGUUUACAUACGAAAAUGGUUAUUCGAUCGAGUUCUUGACAUUGCAUUACAUAUUAUCCAUACAUUUUAUGCUACGCUGUAUAUGGUACCUUUUCUCCGAACAUUAGGAAUGAAGAUUGGUAAUCGAUGUGAAGUGUCAACAGCGAUAGGAAUGGUUCAUUCAUUAGUUGAAAUUGGUGAUGAAUGUUUUAUCGCUGAUAAUGUUCUUCUUUGUGAUCCAUACAUUCGAUUCGGACAGAUGCAUUUACAAAAGACAACAAUUGGCAAACGUGUUUUCAUUGGGAAUACUGCAAUCGUUCCCGACGGAAAGCAAAUACCGAAUGAAUGUUUAAUUGGAUGCAUGUCUCUCGUUGCUGAUAACAUGCAAGCAAAACAAUCGUGUCUUGGUUCGCCGGCGUUUAUCUUGCCGAAUCGAGAACAAGUUACCAAUGAUAUUUCAGAAAAUUUGACAUACCAACCCAAUAUCUCUGUGAUAGCUCAACGUUUUUGUAUCGAUACGGUGCGUGUGUUUCUACCACGAAUUAUCAUUGUUCUAGAAAUCGGUAUAGCGACCCAAAUCUUCGAGCAAUUGGACGAGUCCGCUGAUUUUGGCUAUUCUUUAUUUCUUGUACCUCCUUUAUACUUCGCUAUACUUGCAAUACCAUCUACAUUGCUUUGUAUUGCUCUGAAAUGGUUACUGGUGGGAAAAUAUCGAACUAAUUAUUAUCCUCUAUGGAGCUGGUUCGUAUGGUUAUCGGAUUUCGUUACAGUCACUUUCGAACAAUUAGCUGUAGGACUUUUAUUGGAAUUUUUGCGUGGAACUUUCCUGAUCGCUCCCGUCUUGCGUUGUUUUGGUGUAAGAAUUGGCAAGUAUUGUUACAUUAAUACAGUUGAAAUUACUGAAUUCGAUUUAAUUAAUAUCGGCAAUCAGGUUGUGCUCAAUGCUGGAACAGAACUUCAAACUCAUUUGUUCGAAGAUCGUGUGAUGAAAAUGGCCGAAAUCAGUAUUGAAGAUCAAGCAAAUCUCGCCUAUUCAGCAAGAAUGUUACCCAAUACACGCUUAAGCACAGCUUCCAAAUUAGGACCAUUAAGUUUAGUAAUCAAAGGCGAAGCAAUUCCUCCUCGAACCUCUUGGCAAGGCAUUCCAAUUAGACAUUCUACUUGA